UUGUACGAUGAGUCUCUUGUUUCUUUGUCUAAACCCACUACAACAACAUAUCAGCAGAAAAAACUUAAAGAGCGAAACCAAAGAGAAAGAAUUAAUAUGGGAAGGUUGAAAGGUAUAGUAUUGGUGGCACUACUUGUGUGCUAUGCAAUGCAGGUGGUGGUGAGUCAAUCUUAUGGUGAGAGGAGGAGAGAGAGAGGCUUAUCUCCCGAGGAAGAAGAAAGGAGAGCCAGGGAAGAGGACUGGAGGAGGAGAGAGAAAACAGCCGAGGAGGAGCGGCGACACCGGCAAGAGAGAGAGAGCUGGGAGGAGGAAGAGGAGGAAAGAGGAAGGCCGUCGCGGCGAAGAUGGGAAGAAGAGGAAGAAGAAGAAGAAGAAAGACGUAGGCGGCCUCAGCCGGAGCCAUAUGGGCCUCGGCCGGAGCCGUAUGAGCCUGGAAGGAGAGGAAAGGGAGAAAUGUUUUUACUGAAGGAGUCAAAGAAGGUGAUAAGCACAGAAGCAGGAGAAAUGAGGGUGGUUAAAGGGUAUGGAGGAAGACUUUAUGAGAGACCUCUUCAUAUUGGCUUUUUAACUUUGGAACCACGUAGUCUCUUUGUGCCUCAAUACUUGGAUUCUUCUUUGAUUCUCUUCGUGCGUAGAGGUGAAGCAAAAGUUGGAUUGAUCUACAAUGAUGAGCUAGGAGAAAGGGAACUAAGGAUGGGAGAUGUGUACAGAAUACCGGCUGGCUCAACUUUCUAUAUUGUUAACACGGGGGAGACCCAAAGGCUUCAUAUCAUUUGCAGCAUUGACCCUUCUGAAGGUUUGGGCUUUGGUACUUUUCAGUCUUUCUUUGUUGGAGGAGGAGCAAACCCUGUAACAGUAUUUGCAGGAUUCGAUCCUCAAACGCUUUCAACAGCCUUCAAUGUAUCCAUCGGAGAGUUAAGGGACCUUAUGACAGGGCAAGAUGCAGGACCAAUCGUAUACGCUGAUCCAACCCAUACUCCUAGUUUGUGGGCGAAUUUUCUGAAAGUUAAAGAGGAAGAGAGGCUCGGACAUCUGAAGAUGGUGACACCGAAUGCAGGUACUGGUGAAGAGAAAGAAGAAGAGCCAAAGAGAUCUUGGUGGAACGUUUUUGGUUCACUACUAGGGACUGAAAACAAGAAAGGGGACAAAAGGGGUGAUACAAGAAAAAGGGGUGAUACAAGAACAGGUUCAAGUCCAGACUCGUACAAUCUUUUUGACCGAGAUCCUAGUUUCAGAAACAAUUAUGGCUGGAGUAUUGCCGUUGAUAAGCACGAAUAUCAUCCACUUAAGAAAUCCGGGAUCGGAGUUUACCUAGUCAACUUGACAGCGGGCUCUAUGAUGGCACCCCAUGUAAACCCCAUGGCUACAGAAUACGGCAUUGUCCUAAGCGGGGUGGGCACUAUCCAAGUCGUGUUCCCUAAUGGCACCUCUGCGAUGAACACUAAGGUAAAAGAAGGUGAUGUGUUUUGGAUCCCGAGAUACUUCCCCUUCUGCCAGAUUGCUUCUCGGACUGGGCCGUUUGAGUUCUUUGGGUUUACGACUUCUGCCCAUAGGAACCGCCCUCAGUUCCUAGUUGGUGCUUCCUCUAUCUUAAGAACCAUGCGGGGACCAGAAUUCGCUACUGCUUUUGGUUUGACGGAGGACAGGUACUACGAGAUUGUUGAUGCUCAGCUGGAAGCUGUUAUACUCCCUUCUCCCUCUGCUGCUCCAGCUGAUGAGAGGUUAGAACCCAAGGCAGAGGGAAAGGAGCAAGGUGAGGAUGAGCAGUCGAAAUCCAAGAAAGAGGAGAAGAUACUCGAGGUUAAGAAGGUACCCAAGUUGAUGAGGAGCCUAGGCACUGAAAUGAUCAUGGGUUUUGAGUAGAAUGAAUUUGCUGUUUGGUCUGUACAGUUUCCUGUCCAUUUGUGGCUUUCACUGUCGUAAAUCGUGUUUCGUUUUCGAUUAUGAGUUGUAAAAUAAAAACCCAGAUAAUUUUUGCUUUGUUAUGUAUCUGCGUUUUGUAUCAUGGUAUAUCCUACCUUUCAUCGUAA